AUGCGUCCUCUCCCUCAGCCUCCUUGGAUGCGCCGCUAUCGUAGGAUAGUGCCCAGUAUUAUCGCCAGUAUCCGAGAUCAUCCUGAAGCAGUGGUACCAACUCUUGAGAGCAUUCCGCAAAUCGAUGAAUCUUUGAUGGCAACCGAACCGUUCUCUCCCUUUUCUUCCCUUAUCCGCGAUAUGCAAGAAACCGAAUUCAAACGCUGGGGAUUCGUCAUAUUUCGUUCAGUUUAUACGGAAGAGUCCCAAGCUCAGUGGGAGAGCUACAUCGACUUCUUCAAGGCAACAGUUGAGGAUAAGCUCAAGUACAUGGAGCUCUGGACACUCCUUGAGCCACAUCUUGAAUGGACUGUCAUGGAAGAUCGUGAAACUUUCGACAACGCCUCGAAGGAACAGGUACGAGAUAGAUUUUCUCAGUGGGUUUCCGAGCGAUCUAUUGAGAGGGAUGGUGCUGGAGCAGAGGAUCCGUUAGCGAUGUAUCUUCCGAGAUACAGAUAUUGUGUCUGUGUUGAUCAGAAAUGCCUCGACACCGUUGACCAAUACGCUGCCUGGGUCGAUGCAGGCGCUAAAGGUCAUAAAAGGGCUGUCGUUUGUGCCAUGCUAGACGCAAAAUGCGAGCCCGGAGGACAAGGCAGAAAUGGCUUCCCUUCUAUCGAAGGAUGUACCAAGGAAUACACAGGCUGGAUUUACACUGGUGUACAAGGCAUUCCCGCACUCUACGACAGCCUGUUUCAUCAAGCGUUGAAAGAACAAGAUGUCCCGAGGCCCCCUGGAGUGAAGCUCGGCAGUCACUUAAUGCCCAUUAAUUAG